AUGGCGGCUACAGCCACCUCUGCUGCAGCCGCAACUGCGGCUGAGGUUGCUGGACACUGUGUUCCUAAACCUAAAUUGAUUGCCAAGCUGGAGCAAGGUGCAGAACCAUGGAUAAGAGAAGCCUCAGACAAGAAUCUCACAGAUGUCCAAGAAAUGGAGUACAGGACUAAGACGUGUCAGAAGAGUCCCUAUGAUUGUCUGUCUGAAGUAGGAGUCAUGAAUAGUAACACAGGGGAGGAAAAUGUGAAAUUAAUAACAACUCUUAAUUUGAGGUCAAAACCUAAGUCAGAGAUGAUUAGGAAUAAUGGGAACUCCUUAGGGAUAAGGACAGAGGAGUUCAGGCAGUGUCAGAACAUGCUUCUCUAUGGUGAACCUGCUGAGAUGUGUGCUGCUUAUAGUCCCGGAGUAUCUCCUGUAGUUAAAGAAUCAAACCAACGUGGACAUUCUUUCACCCGGAAAGCACACCUUACUGUCCAUCAGACAACACACACAGGAGAGAAACCUCAUGAAUGUAACCUGUGUGGAAAGUCUUUUGCCCGGAAGGAACACCUUUCUGUCCAUCAGAAAACGCACACAAGAGAGAAACCUUAUGAAUGUAACGUGUGUGGAAAGUCUUUCAUCCGGAAGGCAAACCUUACUUUUCAUCAGACAACUCACACAGGAAAGAAACUUUAUGAAUGUAACAUGUGUGGAAAAUCUUUUCACUUGAAGGCAUACGUUAUUGUUCACGAGAGGACACACACAGGGGAGAAACCUUAUGAAUGUAAUGUGUGUGGAAAGUGUUUCACCCAGAAGUCACAACUUACUGUCCAUCAGACAACACACAGAGGAGAGAAACCUUAUGAAUGUAAUGUGUGUAGAAAGUCUUUCACCCGGAAGGCACACCUUACUGUCCAUCAGACAACACAUACAGGAGAGAGACCUUAUGAAUGUAAUGUGUGUGGAAAGUCUUUCACCCAGAAAAUAUGCCUUACUGUCCAUGAGAGAAUACACACAGGAGAGAAACCUUAUGAAUGUAAUGUAUGUAGAAAGUCUUUCACCAUGAAGGCACACCUUACUGCCCAUCAGGCAACUCAUACAGGAGAGCGACCUUAUGAAUGUAGUAGGUGUGGAAAGUCUUUCACCCAGAAAAUAAGCCUUAGUGUCCAUGAGAGAAUACACACGGGAGACAAACCUUAUGGAUGUAGCUGGUGUGGAAAGUCUUUCAUCCGGAAGGCAGACCUUAAAUCACAUCAGAGAAGACACACAGGAGAGAAACCUUAUGAAUGUAUGGAGUGUGGAAAGUCUUUCAGGUGGAAAGCAGGACUUAACAUCCAUCAGAGAAUGCACACAGGAGACAAACGUUAUGAAUGUAGUAGUUGUGGAAAGUCUUUCAUCCAGAAGACACACCUGAAAACACAUCAGAGAAAACACACAGGAGAGAAACCUUAUGAAUGUAUGAAGUGUGGAAAGUCUUUCAUAUGGAAGGCACGCCUUAAUAUCCAUCAGAGAACACACACAGGGGUGAAACCUUUGGGAUGUAACCUGUGUGGAAAGUCCUUUGCCCAGAAGGCACACCUUAACAUCCAUCAGAGAACACACAGGAGAGAAACCUUAUGAAUGUAUCAGCUGUGGAAAGUCUUUCACCAGGAAGGAAU